UAGAGGAUAAGAUGUAUAAAGCUGGAAUACCCCUUUGAUAAUAUUGUGCUCUCUGAAAAAUUAUCUGCUAAGAGGAAAGAUGGGGUCAACCGGUUUCCUUAGGUAUGGGAGCCCUGGUUAACCUCCUGCCAUUGUCCAGACCUCAGGGAUCCUGCCGACUACGCCAAAAGGAAGCAAUGGAAGCGCGUACCAGAUGGAUCAAAUCUUGCCUGAUGAAAGUGACAGGUGAUGAUGCCGCUCAGCGCCCCGUGAUGUCCGCUGUCUCCCUGAUCUUCAGUCCGACUGCAAUGUACAUGUAAGCUGCAUACCAGUUGAGUGUUAGUCCUCGUGAUGAUGCCGCUCAGCGCUCCGUGAUGUCCGCUGUCUCCCUGAUCUUCAGUCCGACUGCAAUGUACAUGUAAGCUGCAUACCAGUUGAGCAAAUUACAAUCAUAUCUCCGAACUGCAAGAUGAAGCUACUGUAUUUAUCAACGCUACUUUUCGUCUUCUGGACGCAACUCGAGGCAAGGCCAAAAGUUGAAGAGCAACAAUGUAAAGCAGGUCCCAUGGAUCUGGUCUUCAUUAUCGACAGCUCAAGGAGUGUUCGACCUUUCGAGUUCGAAAGCAUGAGAAAGUUCAUGAUCGAUAUGAUAAAUUCACUGGAGAUUGGAGCGACUCACACAAGGGUCGGCGUGGUCCAAUACUCUAGCCAAGUACAGAGUGUGUUUUCUCUCAAGGCAUACUUUACAAAGCCUGAAAUGCACAAGGCCAUCAAUGAUAUUAUCCCUCUAGCACAAGGGACUAUGACUGGUCUGGCAAUACAAUACGCCAUGAAUGUUGCAUUUACUGAGGAAGACGGAGCUCGACCACUUGCCAAAAGGAUUCCCAGGGUUGCCGUUAUUGUGACCGAUGGUAGACCUCAAGAUCGUGUUACAGAAGUGGCUGCACAGGCCCGAGAAGCUCAAAUAGAGAUCUAUGCUGUUGGGGUCCAAAGAGCUGAUGUCAACUCUCUUCGGGCAAUGGCAUCACCUCCGAUUGACGACCAUGUGUUUUAUGUAGAGACCUUUGAUCUCAUCGAGCACUUUGCACUCCAAUUCCAAGAUAAGCUCUGUGGUGUGGACAUGUGCACUGAAAUGGACCAUGGAUGUCAACAUACCUGUGUUAGUAUUCCUGGCUCCUACUAUUGUGAAUGUAACCCCGGCUUCAGACUCAAUGACGAUGGAAAGACAUGUUCUAUGAUAGACCUGUGUGCCCAAGGAAAUCAUGGCUGUGAGCAGCUCUGCGUCAGUUCUCCUGGAUCUUACACCUGCGCCUGCCGAACGGGUUAUAAGCUAAACAACGAUAAAAAGACUUGCUCAGCAAUAGACCUGUGUGCUUUAGGAAAUCAUGGCUGCGAGCAUAUCUGUGUCAGCUCCCCCGGAUCCUACUCAUGUGCCUGUCGUACAGGCUACAAACUCAACAAUGACAAGAAGACUUGUUCAAUGAUAGACCUGUGCGCUCAAGGCAACCAUGGCUGUGAACAGCUCUGUAUUAGUUCCCUUGGCUCAUAUACCUGCGCCUGCCGUACCGGCUUCCAACUAAACAACGACAAAAAGACCUGCACAAUGAUUGACUACUGUUCUUAUGGGAAUCACAGCUGUCAGCAUGAGUGUGUGGGUAUCCUGAAUGGCUAUUUCUGCCGCUGUAAUGAGGGCUUCACUCUACAGAGCGAUGGGAAGACAUGUCUGUCUACUGACAUGUGCACUGUUGUGGAUCACGGAUGUGAAUUUAAGUGUGUCAGCACGCCUGGAUCAUACCACUGCAUUUGCCCUGAGGGACAGGACCUGCAAGCAGAUGGAAAGACCUGCAAUAAAUGCUCCACUGGCUACAUCGAUUUAGUAUUUGUCAUUGAUGGUUCUAAGAGUGUUCGUCCCCAAAACUUCGAGCUGGUCAAGCAGUUUGUGAUCAAGAUCGUGGACACUUUGGAUGUUUCCGCCCAUGGCACACAUGUUGGCCUUGUCCAAUACUCCAGCCGCGUGCGCACCGAGUUUAACCUCAACCAGUUCAAAACUGCGAAGGAAAUCAGUAAUGCAGUGAAAAAUAUAGAUUACAUGGAGAAAGGCACCAUGACAGGACUGGCCUUAAAACAUAUGGUUGAGCACAGCUUCUCUCAACAGGAAGGUGCCAGGGCAAACGUUCCAAAAAUAGGUUUGGUGUUCACUGAUGGUCGUUCCCAAGAUGACAUCUCUGAAUGGGCCAAAAGAGCCAAGGAAGCAGGAAUAACUAUGUACGCUGUGGGUGUUGGGAAAGCAGUGGAAGAUGAACUCAAUGAAAUUGCAUCAGAACCGGUGAACAAGCAUUCCUUCUACACGGCCGACUUUACCACCAUGAAUUUAAUUGCUGAAGAUUUAAAACUUAACAUUUGUCCAGAAGAGAUAAAAGGAGAGACAGAGUUUAAGAACCCCUGUGACUGCGAGCAUCUCAUCAAUUUCCAGACAAACACCCUCACAACACUAGGAAACCUGGCAGAAAAACUAGUUCAGCUCACAGCAAGACUUGAAAACCUGGAGAACCAGCUGGCCGAUAAGAAGUAAAAAUCACUUUUUUUUUUUUUUUUGGUCGAAAAAGUAAAAAAAAAAGAAACCUAAUGAAGCUAUGAAGAGAUCUAAGUGACUUUUUGAUGUCACGUGGUAAUAUUUUGUAACCCCUUUUCCCGGAGGCAUAGACUGCCAUGCCAAGCAGAGCUGGAAAACUAUCUAUAUUAUAAAUAAAUGUGAAUAGAUUGUUGUUUAUUAUUAUAAGAAUUUUACUGGUUUUUUUUCUGUAGGAUUUGGAAUCCAUGUUAGUGGUCUAGAGU